AUGUCAUCAUCGGUGCUUAUCUUUGGUGCCAGUGGUUAUAUUGGCCUUGGUGUAGCCUUGGGCAUGCGCCGUGCUGGCUAUCGAGUCUAUGGGAUGAUUCGCAAUGCGAAACAUAGUGCUAUGCUGGUUCAAAAUGAGAUCGAACCUAUUGUAGCCUCGUCAUUCGACGAUGUUCAACAAUUUGCCAAUGUUCUUGCCUCAUGUUCGAUUAUCAUUGAUGCUGUCGGAUUCAAUCAAAAACUAUCACCUAUACUUUUGACAGCGGCUCUUCGCGCUGGACAAGAUCGAACUCAAAAUGGAAAACUAGCACACUAUGCUCCACUUUUCAUCUUUACUUCAGGCAUAAUGACUUAUGGUGACACAUCUCAAACGGGUCGUCGUCCGGUCGAUGAAACAAUCAAGCCACGACCUCAAUCGGUAAAAAAUCGCUCGAGUACCUCGUCAGCCGAUGUGACGAGCAUGAAGGAACGAGAAGACUACGAAAAUCAAGUCUUAGUAAGUUGUUGUGCCUCACUCAAAACUACAGUCAUACGGCCUGGCUUCGUUUAUGGUGGCCAAGGUGGUUUUGUAGCCGAUCUAUUCUAUUCCGAGCCUCUAGUUAUUCAAGGACGAAGAGAUAUGCGUUGGAGCUGGGUUCAUCUUGAUGAUCUGGCUGAAGGCUAUGUAGCCGUAGCACGAGCUCCACCUAGUGUUGUUAAUGGACAGCUUUACAAUCUUGCUGCUCCGAACGACAAUCCAACCUAUGAAGAAUUGCGAACAGCAAUGGCUAAAGCUCAGGGUCGAAAAGAGAAAAUAGAGUACAAGGAAGCUGAUGCUAAUGUACCAUCACGAUGGGAUACGGAUUCAAUUAUCAAUCCAGCCAAGGCUAUGAAUGAAUUAGGCUGGCGACCAAGACAUAUAGGCUUUGUUGAGGAAAUCGAUACAUAUUACAAGGCUUGGGCCGCUUACAAAGCUGCUCAAGAGACAUCCAAAUAG